UCUUGGCUUCCCCAUGAGAAUAUCGGGGCGCCCAGGGGUUCUUGAAGUGCGCGGGAGGGGCUCGAGAUCCCCCUGCAAGGGCAGAUUUGGGUGUUCAAGGAGGGGCCCUGUGAAGGCGCUGGGGGAGGCCGCGAGACCUUGAAAGAUUUCGGGGCCUCCUGGGGCCCCUUGUGACGGUUUUGGGGUCCCCGGGGGUUUUUAGAUACCCAAGAGGAGCUUGAAACCCCUCCUAAGAGCAUUUUAGGGGGACACCGGAGAGGUUUUGGGGUGCGGGCCGCACCUUUGGAUCCCUUGAAAAAGAAGGGGCAAAGUUGGGGUUCAAAGUCCCGUUUGUGUGGGAGGGGGGAAGUCCAACCCCGCCCGAACCCUUUUGAGGUGCCCUGAGGCAGCGGGAGGAGCGUCCCUGAAUAUUUUUGGGCUCCGAUUUAUCGGCCAGAUGGAGCCCGAGUCGCCGCCCCGGGAUCUGGAGCUGUCGGCGCUGGAGGCCGAGAAGGAGCCGAUGGCGGCGGCCGAGCCCGAGCCGCAGCGGCCCCGGCCCCACCGCGACCCCAUCCCGCCCCCGGAAUCGCGGCCGGGCAGCGAGAAGAACGGGCUGGUGAUGAAAAUCCCCCCCGAAGAAGAAGAAGAAGCGGCUUUAGGAGGAGCCGGAGCUUCGGGGAGCCCCAAAUUCACGGGCUUGGGCAAGGAGGAGCUGCUGAGGGAGGCCGGGACGGCGCCCUGGGCCCGGGCCCGGAUGGUUCUGCUCGUGCUUUUUUGGGUGGGCUGGCUCGGGAUGUUGGGGGCCGCCGCUGCCAUCGUGGCCCAGGCCCCUCGCUGCCAGCCCCUGCCCUCCAAAGCCUGGUGGGAACUCGGGGCGCUCUACAGAGCACCCCCAAAAGCCUUCGGGGAGAACCUGAAAGGUGUGGAGAAACGUUUGGGGUACCUGAGGGACAAGCUGCAGAUGGGGGGGGUGGUGCUGGGGCCCCUGUACCCCCCAAAACCUUCAGGAGCCAAAAUCCCCUCGCUGAAGGAGCUGGACCCGGCCCUGGGCACCAUGCAGGACUUCUCUGCCCUCCUGGAGGAGGCCAAGAGCGAAGGUGGGGCUGGGGGGACCCCAAAACUGGGGAGGGGGACCCCAGGUGCCGUUCUCAGGGUGCUGGUGGGGGGCACACGGCUGGAGCAGCCCUGGAAGGUUCUGCAGAGGCCGCAGCUGCUGCUGGGGCCCUUCCUGAGAGCCCUGGAGCCCAAACCCGAGGCCGAAUCCCCCGAAGGAGCCAUCAGGGACCUCCUCAACUUCCUCAACUCCCCCAACUCCUCCUCCGUGGGGCUGGGCUGGAGCGUGAGUCUGACACCCUUUGGGGGACCCCCGACCCCUCCCCAAUUUCAGCCCCCAGCCGCUCUGGAGCUGUGCCGGGCUCUGUCGUCACUGCGGCCCCGCGAGCGCUCGCUGCUGCUGGGGGAGGCUCAGGCGGUGAGCGCCGGCGCCGCCAUCGCGGUUCUGCGGCGCUGGGACCAGAGCGAGCGAUUCCUGCUGGUGCUGAACCCUCACGGAACCCAACUCAAACCUUUCUCCAUCAAAAGACAACCCGAGGACCCCUCCCUGCCCAGCACGGCCACGCUGCGCUACAGCACCGGCCCCGUCGCCGCCGGCAACCCCGAGCUGCAGCUGGAGACCCUCAAGGUGGGGGAGUACGAGGGGCUCCUGCUCAGCUUCCCCUACGUCCGUCAGUGACCCCCCAAAAACCCCCCCAGCCCCUCCCCCGGCAGCUUCGGGACCCCCAUUUUGGGUGGGGGUCUCACACUUGGCUGCCCUCACUGGUUUUGUUGGGUUUUUAUCCCGGUUCCCCUCCCCGCUCUCAAGUUUGGGGGGGGUUUUUUUUUCCAUCCCUGCUCUGUUUUGGGGGAUUUUUGUUCUUGGGGUGUCCCCCAAAUGUGGAAUAAAUGAAUUGCAUUUGUGCC